CGGGCAUCUCAUUACAAUUGAUUGAGCGCUCUUGCCAAUAACUUGACAUUAACAAUAAAUAAUAACAACAAUGAAACUGUUCGUGGUUUUGGUUCUGGCUAUAGCAGCGGUGUUGGAGACUCAGGCUGUCACCUUCACGAGAUGUCAGCUGGUGCACCAACUGAGGAGUCAUGGCUUUCCGGAAAACAAGAUGAGAGACUGGGUGUGCUUGGUUGAGAACGAGAGCGCUCGCACCACUAGCAAGGUGGGCUCGGUGAACAAGAACGGCUCCCGCGACUACGGGCUGUUCCAGAUCAACGACAAGUACUGGUGCAGCAACACGAGCAGCCCCGGCAAGGACUGCAACGUUACCUGUAACCAACUGCUAACUGACGACAUCUCGAAAGCGGCAACUUGCGCCAAGAAGAUCUUUAAACGGCACGGCUUCAACGCGUGGUACGGCUGGAAGAACCACUGCCAGGGGUCUCUGCCUGACAUCAGCUCCUGUUAAACUCUCUAUUAAAACUUACAGUAUUAUACAAACCAAAUAGUAUCUAGUAAUAGGAAAGGGUAUAAUGCUGCCGCACAAAUUUAAGUUUGAUAAGGAUAGUACAUUUUGGCAUAAGUUAAUUGAGAAAUACAAUAUUUUAAAAGUUGUCAUAGUUGUAUUGGACUCCAUAUUAUAGUCAUUAUAAUUAAUUAUUACACAUGUAAUUAAAUCCAUAAAAAAUAUCAGGAAAAA